AUGCGCUUCCGUCAGGACGUCUACUUCGCGAAGGGCAUGGCCCACAUGCACCUGUUGUACGCCCAUGACACGACCUGGUCGCUAAGGAUCGAGGACCUGACGCCGGGCCUCCACGACCGGCCCGGGCCCGAGCUGUCUGGGACCGCUAAGGUCUUUUACCUCCCCGACAACGCCGUGAAGGACGUGGCGCUGGCCGAACUGCGCGACACGGACGACCAGGGCAGCUGCGGCCCGGGAUGCCACUUCGGCUGCCGCCCGCCCUGUCGGCAGCUGCACCGGAACAGCACGCCGUACCUGCAGCGCGGCUGGUGCAGGGCGGAGGUGCAGUGGUCACUGGCGCGGAAAGCCUCCUGGAAGAGCAUCCGGAUCCCCUUCCGCGAAGGCCGGAACUGCGAGGCGCCCAUGGCGCCCUCGGAGUUCCGCGCCCAAGCGGAGAAGGGGACCCUGAAGUUCACCCACCGGUCGGACCUGGAGCCGGUGCUGCAGCUCCAGGCCAAGGUCUUUUACGAGAAGGCGGCCGAGGCCGCGCUGCUGAGUCUGGGGGAGCUGCCCGAAGCCCAGGUUCAGGUGCUGGCCCGGGCGCUGCCGCACUACGAGCGCCUGGAAAGGGUGGAAGUGGACAACAGCGAGCUGGCCGGCGAGGCCUUGCAGGCCCUGGUGCGCGCGCUGCCGUGGAGCCGCCUGCGGAAGCUGAGGCUGACGGACUCCGGCUUCGGAGACGCAGGGGCGAAGGCGCUUGGAGCUGGUCUGGGCGGCCACUCCUCGCUGCGGGUGCUGUGGCUCUACGGCAAUCGCAUCGGCGACAGCGGCCUCCAGGCCAUCGCCGAGGGCCUGGCAGACCACAAGGGCCUACGAGAACUAAGCCUGGACAACAACGGCUUCGGCGAUGCGGGGAUGCAGGCCCUGGGAGACGCACUGAAAGCUCUCCCGAACAUCGAGGAGCUGAGCUUGUCCGAGAACGCUAUCGGAGACGCUGGAGCCCAGGCGCUUGGAGCUGGUCUGGGCGGCCACUCCUCGCUGCGGGUGCUGUGGCUCUACGGCAAUCGCAUCGGCGACAGCGGCCUCCAGGCCAUCGCCGAGGGCCUCGCAGACCAGAAGUUCCUACGAGAACUCGGCCUGGGCAAGAACGGCUUCGGCGAUGCGGGGACGCAGGCUCUCGCUGCUGGCCUGGGCGGACACGCGUCCUUGCAGAAGCUGAUGCUCUACGGAAACCGCAUUGGCGACGCUGGCAUCAAGGCCCUGGCCAGCGCGCUGCGGCCACAUGCGAAGCUCAGCGACUUGAGGGUGUUCAGCAACUCCAUCACAGAUGCCGGGCUCCAGGCCCUGGCCGAAGUCCUCCAGCACCUCUCGCAGAUGCAGUAUCUCGGCCUGCGCGACAACAACUUCGGCGAUGAUGGCACGAAGGCCUUGGCUGGUGUCCUGCCGCGACUGCUGAAGUUGACCACGCUGACCCUGAGUCAGAAUCGCGUCAGCGAUGCGGGAGCCGAGGCACUGGUCCACGGCCUCCGCGACAACAGGGAGCUCAAAAUGCUCUGGCUCCACGAGAAUUCCCUCAGCGACGCCGGCGUGGAGGCAGUCGCCGCUGCCUUCCGGGAUCGCACCAUGGAAGAUCUGAAGCUCCGCCCGCAGAACGAUGUGAACAGAGGAGAUGUUUUGCAGACGACGGGGGAGGCCCUCGGAGGCAAGAUGCAUGAGCUUCCGAGGUGCAGCUGGAACCAGAGCGGCAAGGACGUCGAGUUUGUCCGUGGGGUGCCCUUUCGCGCUUUCGACUCUUAUGAUUGCCCAAACGUGGGCCUGAUCUGCCUGGACGUCAAGGACGAGCCGGAUGACAUCCGCGCCUGGUCGAGAUUUGAAGAGGAAGGGGGCAUGGAGUCAGUGUGGAACGUGAAAUUCAAGGUUCGUAAGACGAAGUACGAUGGGAAGGUCGGUGGCGCCCCUUUUUGUGGGUCGACGCUGAUGUGCAUGAUCUGCCGGGCCGUCAAGGGAGAGCCGGUCAAGGUUUCCAUCCGGGAGUUUCCACCAAUCUACAAGUCCUUGGGUGCAUCGGGGAGCCUGAGGAUCCCAGCACUUUCCUCGAAGCCCCAAACCUUCGUUGAAGGGAAGGUGGUUUCGACGCUUGCCGAGAACCAUCAUUGCAUCGAGUCGAUGAUUUCAGACACCCAAGGCCCAAACGAGGCCCGCAGCCAUGGUGGCUGUGGAGGAGCCCUGGAGAUGAAACUGGCCACAUGUGAGUUCAUGGGAGUGAGCCUUCAUUUGGGUGCCUCUCCGAUGCUGGAUCCGGAUCGCGUGAGGCUCUUGAAUCCAGCAAACAAAGAGAGCGCGGAGCUGCUUGGAGCUGCUGCUGUCCUGGCAUUGGCGCUCUCUUCUGGAGAUCUAGGCGUCAGUCCGAGGCCAGUGGAGCAGCGUCUCAAGUGGUUUAUGCGAAGCCGCCUCCAAGCGAACAGCAUAUACAAGUGGUCAGAUCGCUUGCGCCCACACAGUGCCGGUGUUCCGGUGCAACUCGCAAAGCCCGAUCCGGCCAGAGUUGCAGAGAAGGCCUUGCAGUCUUCUAUCGCAAAUUUUGUCGUUGCAAGCGCGAUGAUUUCUUGCGUGCAGACUUGGCAGGCCCUGAGCCAGGCGGCAGGAUCUGGAGGUGGUGUGAGGGAGGAACCUCCCGCCGAUCAACCUGCAGAGGCAGAAGCUGCUGAGGCCUCCGAGCCCGCCAAGGAGGAGCCGGAGUCCAAAGCCGAGGCUGCGCAGGUAGCCAUCUACAGCCUUCGGGACAAGAACGGCCUGCUGGCGUACUGCCGCGAUGCCAAGGUGCGGCUCGUCCGCGCCGACUUCCUCCGGGAGCUCCUGGCCGAGGGCCGCACCAUGCCCCGGCGCCAGGAAGCCGAGGGGAUGCGGACCAAGGACGGCCGCCCGGCCCUGCUGGCACAGGAGGAGCUGGAGGCGAAGCUGCCAGGCGGCCAGGUGGGCUUCACCCACCGCUUCUCGGUCAUGGCACUUUCGCACUCGUGGGAGAGCCGCGAGAUCCCGGACGUGGCCAGGUUCCAGCUGCGAGUGCUGGUAGAAGCACUGGACACCUUCGCGGAGAUCCUGCAGAAGAUCGCCCCGGCCCAGAACCUCGCCAAGGACUGGGAGGCGGCCAUCUUUGUGGAUUACAUGUCUCUGCACCAAUUCCCAAGAACUGAAGAGCAGGACGUCUACUUCGCGAAGGGCAUGGCCAACAUGCACCUGUUGUACGCCCAUGACACGACCUGGUCGCUAAGGAUCGAGGACCUGACGCCCGGCCUCCACGACCGGCCCGGGCCCGAGCUGUCCGGGACCGCUAAGGUCUUCUACCUCCCCGACGACGCCGUGACGGACGUGGCGCUGGCCGAGCUGCGGGACACCGACGAGACAGGCAGCUGCGGUGCGGGAUGCCACUUCGGCUGCCGCCCGCCCUGCCCGCAGCUGCACCGGAACAGCACGCCGUACCUGCAGCGCGGGUGGUGCAGGGCGGAGGUGCAGUGGUCACUGGCUCGGACUGGCUCCUGGAGGAGCAUCAGGAUCCCCUUCCGCGAAGGCCGGAACUCAGAGGCGCCCAUGGCGCCCGCGGAGUUCCGCGCCCAAGCGGAGAGGGGGACCCUGAAGUUCACCCACAGGUCGGACCUGGAGCCGGUGCUGCAGCUCCAGGCCAGGGUCUUCCGCGAGAAGGCGGCCGAGGCCACGCAGCUGUCUCUGGCGCACCUGCCCGAAGCCCAGGUCCAGGUGCUGGCCCACGCGCUGCCGCACUACGAGCGGCUGGAGCUGGUGACCGUGGACGACAGCGAGCUGGCCGGCGGGGCCUUCCAGGCCCUGGUGCGGGCGCUGCCGUGGAGCCGCCUGCGGCAGCUGGAGCUGACGGACUCCGGCUUCGGAGACGCAGAGGCCGAGGUGGGGGCGCACCCGCUCCGCCUGCUCUGCCUCUCCCGAAGUGUGGCCGCCUCUCAAAAGUGGCGGGGUCGGGUUCUCUGCGGUGUCCUUCCCGAUUUUCGUGGCGCUUCUUGA